AUGGAGGCACGACAAAUAUCUCAAGAAUUAAUAUUUAUUUGUUUAAAAUUUGGUAUAACUUAUCAAUCAAUUCAAGUCGACAAAGCAAAUCCUAAUAUCCUGAGUGAGCUUCAUAAACAAGCAGUAGAAAUCGUAUCAAAAACUAUUGGUAGCCUUGAAGUUAACAAUCAUCGUCACGAUAUAAAAUUAUUUCUUAUAUCACCUGAUCAUCAACCACCAAAUUUAAAAUUAAUAACACGCUCAACUGAUAUAACACCAACAUGUUUCAUCGAAAUAAUUAUAUGGCGUCCAGGCCAAGAAACAGUAAUUCCGCCGCGUGAUCAUAUGCUGGUUGAAUACAAUUAUAAAAAGCCAACAUAUUGUUCGGCUUGUGAUUAUUUUAUGUGGGGUUUAAUAAAACAAGGUAAACGAUGUAAAACGUGUCGACGUAACUAUCAUCAUCAAUGUGCUGAACAUUUACCAGCUGACUGUCCCGGUCCACGUACAAGGCGAGGCUCAUCCAUGAGUCAUACAUCAUCAAGUUCGACACUUAGCUCAAUGUCACAAGCGCAAGUAUUUACAGAUCAAGAUCUAAUAAGUGUAUCUCAGACUUCAUCAAAACGAACAAAAAUUGGAAAAUUCCUCAAUUCUGCAAUCUCUAAACAUUCACAUAGUUCUGGCGCAUCAACUAUAUCAACGAAUUCCACUUCAUCAAAAUCAACAAGAGGAGUAUUACAAAAUUCAAAUAAAAAUAAUGAUGACCAAAGUGCUUCGUUAAACAAUGCAGACGCACCAGUAGUACCAAGUUUGUCAGCAACUCAUGCUAAUAAGAAUGGACGUUCGUCACAAGAUCAAAAUUUGAAAGCAAAUAUUCGACCUUCCGUAACAUCACAAUUGUACAUUAAACCAAAUCAACGAAAAGAUUUCAAAUUAACAAAUGUUCAUGAAAAAGAUGGUAUUUGGUUAGCAACAGGACAAUUUGGACGAGAAAGUCGACACAGUAAACGUACAGAAAUAUCGUACGAUAAGAAGAAAUUUCGAUUCAUACAAAAAGAUGAAAAUGGAGUUAAACAUGAUUUUGAAAUACAAGCAUCAGAAAUUGAAGAUUUUCGAUAUCAAAUAUCAUCAAAUUCGGUUUUCAAUGGUUCCCAAUUUCUUGAUAGUAUAUCCGGGGCACCACCAUCUCAAGUUGUAGUCUAUCAAAAAUUAGCUUGUCUACUUCUCGAUACAAUAAAUGAAGCUGUUCAAUCCACAAAAGAUCAUAGAGCACGUUCAUCAUUUAAAAUGGUUCGUGGAACAGAAAAUGAUACAAAAGAUUUUGCAGAUCUAUAUGAUAUGAACGAAAAAGAAAUUCUUGGUAUGGGACGUUUCGGUAUGGUAUUUGGUGGUACCAUGCGUAAAAAUGGUGUAUGUGUUGCUAUAAAAAAGAUUCAAACAACACAAUGUACACAAAAAGAUCGAGAAAAUAUCGAACAAGAAGCUGCUUAUUUGUUUCAAUUAAAUCAUCCAGGUAUUCUUAAAUUCGAAGGUAUAUUUGAUUUUGAACAACAUAUACUGUUGGUAACUGAACGAUUAGAUACUGAUAUGUUAAACUAUAUCCUUUCGAAUACAAAUCCAAAAUCUCGUCUCAGUGAAGAUGCUACAAGAUUUCUCGCUUUUCAGCUUGUUGCUGCUAUUCGAUAUCUACAUUUCAAAAAUAUUGCUCAUUGUGAUUUGAAACCUGAUAAUGUUUUAAUCAACAUAUUUCCUGAUGGUAUAGUGCAUUUAAAAGUUGGCGAUUUUGGCUACGCUCGAACAAUUCAUGAACAUUCAUUACGUUAUACGAAAGUUGGCACUAUUGCUUAUUUACCACCUGAGGUAUCUCUUGAUCAGUGGCGUCGUGCUAAAGGUUACAAUAAGACUGUUGAUAUGUGGGCUAUUGGUGUAAUUGUAUUUGUCAGUAUAACUGGCUAUUUUCCAUUUCAUGAAGAGAUGGAUAUAAUGCCACAGCUUGAUAAUAUUCCAAAAUUAUUUCAAGAUGAAAUAUUUAGCCAUGUAACAGAAGAAUUAAAAGAUUUAUUGCGUUGUCGUCUAUUAGUGCCGGAUGCUGGCCAUCGCAUGCAUUCGGCAGGUGUCAUCUAUCAUGAUUGGUUUCAGAAAUCUCGUAAUUUACUUGGAUUAUGUCGACAGCUAGAAGAGUGUUUAGAGAAAAAAUGGUUGACUUUAUUUUUUGAAGAAGUUGAGUCAACUGUGCCAAUUCCAUUUGCAACUGUUGAAGAAAGUGACAGUAGUUAA